GGGAAACACAAAAGCUAUCUUUUUGGACAAAGAUCUCGGGGUAAAGUUGUCAACGGCGAUCGGCUGCCUCGUCUUUCUCGCUCACAAGCUGCAACUUGCAAGCCACCACCUAGGGUUCGGCGAGAGGGAAGUGCAGAAGACCGAAUCGGAGCGUGUUCCUCAAUUUUGACUCAGUAGUUGACUCGGUCCUUCUCCGAUCCAACUCACUCACACUCGUUCCCGAUGUCUUCAAGCUCCGAUUUGGUGCGUACAAUUGAGUCGGUGCUAGGCGUGUCGCUCGGCGAUUCCAUCUCGGAUUCGGUGGUCCUGAUCGCGACGACCUCGGCGGCACUGAUAAUUGGGCUGCUGAUCUUCUUCUGGAAGAAAUCGUCGGAUCGGAGCCGGGAGGUGAGGCCGGUGAUCGUGCCGAAGCCGUUGGUGAAGGACGAGGAUGACGACGUCGACGUUGGUUCAGGGAAGACUAAGGUCACUAUCUUCUUUGGUACUCAAACUGGUACAGCUGAGGGCUUUGCGAAGGCUCUAGCAGAAGAGGUCAAGGCAAGAUAUGAAAAAGCAGCUGUAAAAGUUGUUGACCUGGAUGACUAUGCAAUUGAUGAUGAUCAAUAUGAAGAGAAGCUAAAGAAAGAGACACUUGCAUUUUUCAUGGUAGCAACUUAUGGAGAUGGAGAGCCAACUGACAAUGCUGCAAGAUUCUACAAAUGGUUUACUGAGGGGAAAGAGGAGAGAGGAACCUGGCUUCAGCAUCUUACAUAUGGAGUUUUUGGCCUAGGUAACAGGCAAUAUGAACAUUUUAACAAGAUAGGAAAGGUUCUUGAUGAGGAUCUUAAUGAGCAAGGUGCAAAGCGUCUUGUUCCACUUGGGCUAGGUGAUGAUGAUCAAUCUAUAGAGGAUGAUUUUUCUGCCUGGAAAGAAUCUCUAUGGCCCGAGUUGGAUCAAUUGCUACGGGAUGAGGACGAUGUUAACACUGUUUCUACUCCUUAUACAGCUGCUAUUCCUGAAUACCGAGUAGUGAUUCAUGAUCCUGCCAUCACUUCAGCUUAUGAUAAUAAUAACCUGAAUAUGGCAAAUGGGAGUGCUGUAUUUGACAUUCAUCAUCCAUGCAGGGUUAAUGUUGCUGUUCAAAGGGAGCUUCACAAACCUGCAUCUGACCGCUCCUGCAUACAUUUGGAGUUUGAUAUAUCAGGGACCAGCAUAAAUUAUGAAACCGGAGAUCAUGUGGGUGUUUAUGCUGAGAAUUGUGAUGACACUGUUGUAGAAGCUGGGAAACUGUUGGGUCAAAGUUUAGAUUUGCUGUUUUCUCUUCAUGUUGAUAGUGAGGAUGGUACUGCGUUGGGAGGUUCUCUGCAACCUCCUUUCCCUGGUCCUUGCACACUACAUGCUGCAUUAGCACGUUAUGCAGAUCUCUUAAACCCCCCGAGAAAGUCCGCUUUAGUUGCAUUAGCCGCUCAUGCUUCUGAACCUAGUGAAGCAGAGAGAUUGAAGUUCCUCACAUCUCCCGAAGGGAAGGAUGAGUACUCCAAAUGGGUGGUUGGAAGCCAGAGAAGUCUCCUUGAGGUGAUGGCUGAAUUUCCAUCUGCAAAACCUCCACUUGGUGUGUUUUUUGCUGCUAUAGCACCUCGCUUGCAGCCUCGCUAUUAUUCCAUUUCGUCCUCUCCUAGGUUUGCCCCUCAAAGGGUACAUGUAACUUGUGCCUUGGUGCAUGGUCCAACUCCCACUGGAAGAAUUCACAAAGGAGUAUGUUCUACCUGGAUGAAGAAUGCUAUUCCCUUGGAGAAAAGUCGUGACUGUAGCUGGGCUCCUAUUUUUAUUAGGCCAUCAAAUUUCAAGCUUCCAGCUGAUCAUUCGACUCCUAUUAUUAUGGUUGGACCUGGUACUGGAUUGGCACCUUUCAGGGGAUUUUUGCAGGAAAGAUAUGCUCUCAAAGAAGACGGUGUUCAUCUUGGUCCUGCAUUGCUGUUCUUUGGAUGUAGGAACCGUCAAAUGGAUUUUAUUUAUGAGGAUGAGCUAAAGAACUUUGUUGAACAAGGUGCCAUGUCAGAGUUAAUAGUUGCAUUCUCUCGAGAGGGGCCUCAAAAGGAGUAUGUUCAACACAAGAUGAUGGAUAAAGCAGAACAGCUGUGGAGUCUGAUUUCUCAGGGAGGCUACCUUUAUGUCUGUGGUGAUGCCAAGGGUAUGGCAAGGGAUGUUCAUCGCACUCUUCAUACCAUUGUCCAGCAGCAGGAAAAUGUGGAUCCAUCAAAGGCAGAAGCUAUAGUGAAAAAACUCCAGAUGGAUGGACGUUAUCUUCGAGAUGUCUGGUGAUUGUUUUUGGUUGUUCAUCUGUCUUGACUCUGGCAUCCGUAUUGUUUGAUAUGUUAAAUUCUAGAAUUAGGAUGAACCAUACUUUUGCGGCCUUCGCGGAAUUUUGGGGCACUGACGGUGAAGGCUUACAUGUAUCCUUGAGAGGAAAUGAUUUUCUUGACCGCUGUCUUGUUCUUUUCUUUGUUAUUUAUGUAUUUUUAUGUUAUGAUAGAUUAGUAGAAUAUUAAAUCCCCAAGCAAGUAUUAUAUAAUUUACACUUAGGGGACUGUGGAAUAGGUAGUCUCAGAUAUUGAUGAACAACACAUACAUGUUAUAUAGCGGAUGAUCGUCUUAUUUUAUUAAGUGUAGGAAUUCUUAACGAAUAAUGUUUAUUGAUGAAACUCUCCAUUUGUUUUUAGGUACAAAAAUCAAAAUACUAUUGUGCAUUUAAAUAGUACGUGCAAUAUCUCUCGCUAUAUUUGUUA